AUGGAUUCUCUCAAAUCUACCCCAACGAUCUUUUUCGUAUUUGCAUUUGUGACCCUAAACUUCGUGAUUAUGUCCACAUUCGAGGCACCACCCAAGCUGGCAUUUGGGGUCGGCAACGGUGCUCUCGAGUGCACGUCUUAUGGACACAAGCACCCGACGCUCUGUGGAUUUUCCAACCGAGAUUUCAUCGAUAUCUCCGUGAUCGAUGGGUUUAAUCUCCCCAUGGAGUUCAGUUCAAAUUCUCCACAGUGCAGCCGAGUCAUCAAGUGCGUAGGAAAUAUUAUUGGAGAAUGCCCUGCACAGUUAAGGAUGAGCAACGCAUGUAAAGGGGCAUGUCCGAUGUUGAAGACAGAAGAGCACUGUUGCAAUUCGGGCAACUGUGGGCCCACCGAUCUCUCGCGGUUCUUCAAACAACGUUGUCCCGAUGCCUACAGCUAUCCCAAGGACGAUCCACCCAGCACGUGCCCUACCGGAACCAAUUACAAAGUCAUUUUGUGCCCAUGAACUUACAUAAAUCGCUGUAAUUAAGUACAGUAAUGCCUGAAACACGUGGUGACUAUAAUAGUUACUCGGUAGAUUCCAAACGAGUGUUGGAGCUCACUGGUAUGGGUCGAGAUGUGGGCCCUUGUUGG